AUGAACUUCUCUACUGCUCUAAAAUUAAAUGACAUUGAUGAUUAUAUAGCGCCAUCCCUAGAGUGUAUCAAACCGGUUAAGAUCCCUACCGAAGUUGGGAAAACCAAAUCCAUUUCGAUUGGCGAAGAUGGCACCUACGUUGCAACAAAUGAUUUGGGUGAAAAAUAUACCCUAUCAAAGGCCAAAAUUGACCUUAAUGACUGUUUGGCUUGCAGUGGCUGUAUCACAACAGCUGAGACCAUUUUAGUUUCUCAGCACAGUGUUGAUUCAUUUCUCGAUCUACUUAAGGAUUCCACAAAGCAUGAAAUUGUAAUGGCACUGUCUCCUCAAUCGUUAGCUAGUUUAACUACCUCAUUGCAAAAGCGAAGUGUUUCUCUUCCUUCGAGCUUGAUAGAAUAUUUCGAUUCAGAGUUGGGAAAUUCAUCUGAUGGAUUUGGCAUGACAGAAGUUAGGGAUAUUUGCUGGCGUCUUCUUCAUUCCCGUGGUGUGACUUCGCAACCACUUCUUGAUACAACGUGGAGUCGAGACAUUUCUUUAUUUGUAGCUGCGGAGGAAUAUAUAAAAGUGGCCAAAGGUGAAGCGAAUACACCGAUUCUUCCCAUAAUAACCGGAAUUUGCCCAGGAUGGGUUUGCUAUGCAGAAAAGACUCAUUUCAAAUUACCUCCAACAUUUAAUGAUUGGGAUGAAUCUUUCCUUCUGAAACAUAUCUCACUUGUCAGAUCUCCACAACAAAUGCUGGCUGGUGUAUUAAAGGGUUCUGUGGUUGGUCGUCGCCUAUAUCUCGUCUUUGUAAUGCCCUGUUAUGAUAAGAAGCUAGAGGCUUCUCGAAGUGAAUUUACUGUUUUUGGAGAUGUUUUGCAGAAAGAAGCCGAUCUUGUAUUGGGAACGAAUGAAUUUGUUUCAGUCUUAGAGGCUCUUUUAAAACAGCCCUCGCAACAACUUAUGGAAGACGAUGUAACUCCGCUAUUUUUAAAUUCGAGGUUUUUGAAUCCCAUGCUCGGAGACAGUGGUUCUUAUACAAGUUAUCGACAUGCGGGCUCAGGUUCUGGGGGUUAUGCUUUCGCGGUUCUUUGGCACGCAGCGCAAGCUCUUUUCGACAUUCACUUACCUCUUAAUGUCACAGAUGAUCCCCGAGUGCUCACACGCAAUCUUGGUAACCAUGAUCUACAGGAAAUUCUGCUCUUCAAUUCUCCAGAAGAUCGCCAAACUGCAUUUGCAAAUGUUCCUGUGGGAAGAACACCCUACCGAAACUGUGGAAUCGAACCCAAACCCCUUCUGGUGUUUCUUAUUGCAAAUGGAUUCAGGAAUAUUCAAACUGUCGUCCAACAGCUUAAAAGAGCUUACGCUAAGGCACAUUCAAGAAGAACAUCACUUAGGGAAGAAGUCGCUUUUGAUUAUGUUGAGAUUAUGGCCUGCCCCAAUGGCUGUUUAAAUGGCGGAGCCCAACUACAGUCCACAUUAGCAGACGUCUCACGGACCUAUUUCUCACAGAAUGAGCAAGAUCUCUUAAACAGUGAUGAAUCAAAGCAACUCCUAUCCAAAAUCAACCCCUCACACAGACAAAGCAUCUGCUAUACUACUUAUCGAUCUAUUCCCAAGAUCGAGAUUACAAAUCCAGCAACUCUCAAAUGGUGA